UCACUGCAGUGGUCAGCGGGUCACCUCCGUCACUUCAUGUCAAACAUUUGGUCAUUUAAGGCGCGCGUGCCGUUUAAAAUAAAUACUUCUUAUUCAAUGUUUUGCCAGUUUUUCUCUGAUUUAAUCGAGGAGAACAGCAAUCAUCAGUUUAAUUUGGCGGGUAGCGGAGCGUGUGUGUGUAUGUCGUCUGCUCCUGCUCCAAAUUAGGCGGGAAUAUGUGUCUAGUUGCAUGUGAGUGAAGCCGAGUUGGAGAUCCAGGAGGCAUGGAGACGGCAUAGUUUUCACCAGUAAUUCUUUGACAUCAUGGAGGAUUAUGAUAUUGAAAGUCUCCGCUCCAGUGAGCCCGAGUUACCGCCCGUCACCCCCGGGUUUUUCGACCUCGACGCUCUGAUCCUUGAUGAAAAGUCUUUAUGUAACAUCGACCAAAUUAUCGCCGCUCUCGACAUCCGACUCAACAAGGAAAACCAGCUUGUGCAUUUAGCCAUCAGGAACCUUAAAUAUGUAAUCAUGUGUCAGGAAAGAAAGCGCCGCCUGGAGGCGGUAAAACGUUUAUCGGCCCUCAACUCUGCCAAUCCCGAUCAUUUGAACACUUUAGCUAACCUGGAGCAUGUUUACAAACUCUGUCACAGGAGGGCAGACGCUACUGCAUGUCGGGAAAGGCUGGAUGAGCUCCUAGACAAACGGAAGCGGAAAUACGAGAUAUUGAAGGCGCAGUGCUUCCUAGAGCAAGGUUACGUUUAUACCGUGUUAUACCACGAAGCCAAGGGUGUAGAGAUGGUCAAGGGUGCAAUGGAUAGUGUGACGAAACGUCUCGAGGGACUCCGAAGGAAUUGCAGGGAUAGUCGUGCAGAAUCUUCAAUAGAUGGCGUCCUUGCGGAAGUCAGUAUCCUGACGUGUGAGCUGCUGAGUAUCGAGGACUCCAAGGAGCGGCGAGCAUUCAACACCAGCGAAUGUCUGAAGAACUACGAGGUCGGCCUGGAAAUGUUGAUGUGUCAGCCGGGUACAGAACUGGAGGUACAGCUGUGGAACUACUACCAGGCUCUAAUCAACUAUAACAUGGCUAACCUCACGUCACUCUGUAGGGCCGGACAGGCUGGGAUACACCGGAAGAAGGCGGCGCGACUGUUCCUCCAGGUCUUUAAAGAGCUUGACACAGACAUUCCGGAGUCGAUGCUGUACCGGGCCCGCUCUCUUGGCUACCUGGGUCAUCUUCUUUCUGCAAAUUUCGAGGGCAAAGGCGAUACGUACAAGGACACCCUAGAGACGUUUACCAUAACAACAACACAACUCGGCGGCGUGUCAAGCUUCCUGUACGAGAAAGCCAGAUCGUACUGCCCGGAUGAUCACGUGAUUUUAACGACGGAGGCGAAUUACAUGCUACAUAAAGCACUUAACAGAACAAACGACCCCUCGGAGAGAAAGCGACAGUUAGAUCGAGCAAACAUCACGGUCUCGCAGUCCAUUUCAAAUCUCGCAGAUUGCUACGAGAAUUCUCUAGCGUACUCCGUAAAACGUGAUAUCAACUAUCAUCUUGCGCAGCUGACACCAAAUCUAGCGGAAAAGUAUCUGCGUCAAGCCAAGUCUGACGGAGACGUGGCGCUGCGGUCAGGUGGCGUUUCCGACCUCGUUUUCAUGGGGAUGAUCUGUCACAUGUUGGCACAAUGUCAACCUCAGUCACGAAGACUGUCGUGUAUUGUGGACAAAGACGACAUAUUGUACGAAGGCAUUGACUACGCACAGCAGGCUCUUGAAAAGGGCGCCCAGGAUCAGAAUAAACUCAAGUGCUACGAAACGCUUGCAAGUAGCCUGUUUCAGCUGAAGUCGUACAGAGAGGCAGUGGAAUGUCUCAAGCGUGUUAUUGAAAAUGAUACGACGCGGAAUGUAAAUUUGUUUAAAACAUUGUGUACAUAUUUUUUCGAAUUGUAUAAAGACGCUGGAAAAAAUGGGCGCCAUAUCUUACAGGAAUUUGUAUAUUGGUUGUGCUGGUGUGCAGACAAAUUCGGACAGGAUGACGUCAUUCACAAUAUGGCGAAGUGUACGAAAGAAUAUUUUACAGAAAUGUUGGCGGUCAUAGAAGUAUUAACAUUAAGUCUUCAUGGAAACGGUGGAGUGAAUCAUGUUUGCUUGAUAGAAAAACUCAAACAAAAGCUUGAAAAGGUUAGGAACAAUGAAUCAAAGAAAAGAAAUGCAAUGCCGCGGUCACCGAAAAAUCGGUUCAGGUUCCUCCUACGUAGUCCGCAUGACAAGAGCAGGACUAUCGGGGAGAAAGAAAGAACGCCGACACAGACGAUUGGUCAAACGACUGGACCUGUAUCCAGCGUCCUAAAAAUCGUAUUACAGCUCCCAGGGAUGAUGCCUCAGUACUGCGGCACGUACGACUACAUCGUCAUCCACAGCCUGACCGACAUCAACUGGGUCAUGUACGUACUCCGGCCCUCGCUAGAGGAAAGCUUCGGAGUGAACAAGAUCAGAGGUUACCUGGCAUGCCGAGACUUUGUGGUCAGUUCUGGUGUCUGGGAGCCACUGAGGGACAAGGUCGCGACAAAGGUCAUUCUGGUUCUGUCCAUGGAGUUCAUACAUACAGAGUGGACACAUGCUGAUGAACAUACAGACAUUGUACGACUGUUAGAGGAUAAAAGCCGAGACGGCAAUCUGGUACCUCUAUUGUUGGAUUCACCAUGCCAAAUCCCCGAGAGGCUCCGAAGGAUUCUUGCACUCAAUUGGAGAACACCCGUGGGUCCCUACGACUGGGACCAGAUACGGCGAUAUUUGGUGUAAGAGGAUUUCCGCAAUGGCGCUUAGAAAAACAUGUUACUUCCUCCACGACGUAAUACCAAGAUUUUUUUAUUAUGGCUGUGAUCCUUUUUGAUAAUGGCAACAAAGAGCUGGAAAAUGCCGUCGUUUGGACAGUCACUUGUUAUAUCUGCAUGUGUUACUCUACAAAAAAAUCCUGUGUAAUUUGCGUAUGUAUAGCCUUGUUCCUUCAACAACUAAUUGGUGUUCACUCAAACGCACACAGGUGUUAUAAUACAGCAGGUCAGCAGCGAAAAUGCCAAUUUAUGUGGAGUAGUCAAGUAAUGUCUGAUAAGACACGCGGGUCGAUUGAUAAGUUGUGAGCCUCGUAUUGAAGGUGGUACUCAAGGAUGUUCUUUUUAAGUCUCACUAUUCUCAGACGAUAUAGGCCGUUUACCCAAGGACUGGUCUCAUUUUGCUAGUUUAUAUCGAUGAGGUAGCACCCGUAAGUAAACAAGACAAGCGGCUUUAGAAAAAUGGACAGAAUCGGUUGGGGUUAGGAUGAAAGAGUCUGCCUUGCCAUGGCUGCUAUUCACGAUUGUGGCUUUAAAUUGAUUGAGCAUCCGCCCUUUUCACCUGAUCUCGCUCCAUCAGACUUUCAUCUGUUUCCAAAACUGAAAACAGCUAUUUCAGGCACCCUUACUCUAACAUGCAGUGGAUGACUUUCUAAACAGCCAAGGAAAGGAGAUGUCUGGCAAAAUUCAAAUCCUUCAAUACGAGGCUCACAUUUUGUCAAUCAACCCUCGUAUGUGGUACAAUGGUUACAAUUUGCUAAUGGUAGGUAAAAUUGUUCUUCAUUCGUCAAGGGAAUGUAUAAGUGUUUUUGAUUGGUCAAAUGAAUGUAUCGGUGGUUCUGAUUGAGCAAUUUGAGUGUUUGAUAUGCGCUAUACCUUAUUAGGUUUCUGACAUGUUAUAGUUUAUUGCUGUCUUUGAGAGAUUAUCAUGGAUUUUAAGAAAAUUUAAGAAACAAAAGCCUGAGGGAUUCGGAUAAGUCACUGAAGCAUUAUUACUGAUUGGAUAUUUUAGUGGCUAUACUCGGUCAGUGGUAUGUUACAACCUUCCUGAUAGGUUCACAUGUUACAGAGCUUCUGAUUGGUGGUUAUAUUCCACGGAGUUGCUGAUAGCUCACUUCAUUAACCUUCGCCAGGAUUAAUUUCCAUGAAAAGUUUCCUAUCGUUCCUUAGUUUGAGGUGAAUUAUUAUUUUUAUUUAUAUAUAUUUAUGACGUGAUAAGUAUUAAUUACCUUUUUAUUUGUAAAUAUGUUUUCAUGUUUUUGUUCAGUGUUAGAGGAAGACUUUGUACUGAGGCAAGAGUGGGACCAGAAUAUGCUCAGUGUAGCAUUAUGGAGUACUGCUUUUUGUAAACAAAAAUGUUUUAGGUCGCUGAAAAGAAUGCAUUGUUAUGUUGCCGUAGAUUUUCAUAGUUUCUCUGAGAAUAGAAUACAUGGGACUUGAAGAUCUUGUAGGUUCGAGGAUUAGGAAAACAGUUAUGUUGUCUGUAAAUUGUUAUAAAAGUAUGAAAGAGAAUCAUUUGAUAAAUGAACAGUGGGAGUCAUGUCGAAUCGCCGAGAUAGGCAGAUGUAUUUUGUAUUGUUUGGUACAUAAUUUGGUUGUUAGCAGUAAGAUUUAUACCUGAAUUAUAUAUUAAAGUGUGCCGACACUUUAUCACUAGCCCUCCACCUCUGGGUUUCUAGUUCGAAACCCAUGUUGGACAUUUGCCUGGUACUGACAGUAGGCCGGUGGUUUUCUCCGGGUACUCCGGCUUUCCUCCACCUCCAAAACCUGGUUCGUCCUUAAAUGACCCUGGCUGUUAAAUAAAAUAAAACAUAACCUGAAUUACAAUUACUGUACAUAUUUUAAAUAAGAUAUCCUUUAAUCUAUUAUUAUUCACUACAAGGAAAAUGGCCUACGUUGAUAAUGAUAUUUAAGCUGCUAUUCGAAAGUUUAAAGCACUGAAUACCAUUUUGACGACAUUGUAUAUCAAGUUUGUAGUAAACAAUAUGUAACUUAUUUCUGUUGUAUGAACUAUAUAUAGACACGAAUAAAAUCUAUUGUUACCAAA